AUGGGCCUUUUCCGUCUUGCGUCCCUGGUCCGCGCAGUACUGCGUCCAAGUAAAUUCACUGUCAGAAGGAUGAAGCCCCUUAUUUGUAUCUACGGCUCGACUGGGACCGGGAAAUCCGAUCUCGCUGUCGAGUUGGCGAAGCGAUAUGACGGUGAAAUAAUAAACGCGGAUGCGAUGCAAAUGUACGACGGCCUCCCGAUUAUUACCAACAAGAUUUCGAUCCAAGAACAAAGGGGCAUCACGCACCACCUCCUGGGUAGCAUCGAGCUCAGAGAAAAUCCGUGGGCCGCAUCCCACUUCAAAAACGAAGCAACCAAGAUUAUCUGGGAUAUUCGCAGUCGCGGGAAGCUACCAAUACUCGUCGGCGGUACGUCCUACUAUCUCGACGGGUUGAUUUUUGAUGGGAAGCUCGUCAAGGAGCAAGCGGAACGGGACGGGCGUAAAGUCGACCGCGACGACCUCAUUGCGCAACAUCCCAUUCUCUCAGAUACUUCGCAGGCGAUGUGGGAGAAGCUGCGCGAAGUAGAUCCCGUGAUGGCCGAGAAAUGGCACCCCAAUGAUACGCGCAAGAUCCGAACCUCGCUUGAGAUCUACUACGGAACCGGGCGCCGCGCGUCGGACAUUUAUGCCGAACAGCGCAGGGAAAAGGAGUCCAAGUGGGCGGUGCAAUCUCACGGGCCAAAUCAGAACUUUGACGAAAUACUCAUGUUUUGGCUGUACGCGCGCAAAGAAGUUCUUCACGAGCGGCUAGAUAGCCGCGUCGACAAGAUGGUGAAUAACGGUCUACUUGACGAGGUGUCCCAGGUGUACGAUCACCUCCAAAGACGACUCGCCGCCGGUGAAACAGUCGACCGGUCGAAAGGAAUCUGGCAGUCUAUCGGAUUCCGGCAAUUCGAGGCCUACCUCGCAGCGGUCAAGGAAACGCCAGAUAGCCCGCAGUUGGAAGGUCUCAAACAGGCCGGUAUCGAGGGUACCAAGACUGCAACACGGCAGUACGCCAAGGAGCAAUUGCGGUGGAUGGCGCUACAAACCGUCUCCUCGCUCCAAGAGGAAAACAUGAUGGACAGGCUUUAUCUGCUCGACAGCACCAACCUCCAACUGUGGAAAUCCGAGGUGCUCGAGAAGGGGGUCACACUAGUGCGCAAGUUUCUUGCAGACGAACCACUCCCGCCACCAGCAGAAACGUCUGAAACGGCGAGGGAGGUCCUGGCGGAAACGAUGGCGCGGAAUAAACGCCAAGACACCCCCUGCCGCAAAACCUGUGAGGUAUGUAAGAAGACGCUGUUAACAGAAGAGCUGUGGACAGCGCAUAUUACAAGCAAGAAGCACCGCAAGGUGGUACAGGCUGUGAAGAGACGUCAGCUUAUCCCGGCGCACGCGAGACCCCCGAGGGCCUUGAUGGUCGUCGAGUCAAGCGAACCCGAUCCCGCACUAGAAGAACGAGACAAGGAACCGGUAAUAGAACGCGCUUGA